UAGGGGAGAGCUUCGGUUUGGGUUUGUCAAUGAUCUUACUUAUUCGGAGUCCAAUGUAUCUUCUGAUUCCACAGCGAGAACCACAGGGGUGUUAGCUCGGCCACUAACCUUGCGAUUCCGUUCCUCAAAUGGCUUGUCCCUGAGCAACGGUCUGAAGAACAAUUAGGGGACUCAUUUGGUCUCACCCAGGGAAACUGGUGGCAAUUGGUGACUUUAACCAGUUAGAAUUCAAUGACCAAAAACUAGGAGGAAAUCCUGUUAUCCUAGGAGCUCACUCCUUCUCAAAAUGGCGAGUUGAAUGUGGAUUAUCAGAUAUUCCCUACUACGGGGCUGCCUUCACUUGGUCGAAUAAUAGGCAAGGGGAGGGGAUUAUUUAUGAAAGGCUAGACAGAUGCUACGGUUCGAGUGAAUGGAGAGAUGUGUUUCCAGAUGCUGUUGUUUGGAAUCUCCCCAUUCCUAUUUCAGACCACAACCCCACUAUACUGGACUGCACACCUAAACCAGUGAACAAAAAAAUGGCCUUAUAAAAUAGAGGCUUGGUGCUUAUCGAUGACAGAAAUCUCAAAUAUAGGAAUUUUGGGCCUCACAUGAUCAGGGGUCUGCAAUGUUCAAAUUACAAAGAAAGCUUCGUGUGGCUACGAGAGAAUGCAAGAUUUGGUGUCUUAAUUUCAAACGGGAAAACAUGCUAGAUUGGAGAAGUUUAAAUGACCAGUUAGCUCCACCUCAACAAUGCUUAGCAUCGGUUACUGAUGCAAUGGAAGAUCACAAGCUCCGAUCCACCGUACUUUCGGAUGCUCAAUAAAAGCAUGCCUACUGGAAACAACGGGCACGAUCAAAAUGGGAUUCCCUUCGUGAUCAGUUUACCUCCUUUUUCUUUCGUUGUGCUUCUGCAAGGAAGGGGAAGAAUGAAGUAAAGGCUAUAAAUAACUCAGUAGGGACGUGGUUGACUGAUCCUUCUGAAAUCAAGACGGAGUUUUAUCAGUUUUACUAAACCCUAUUAUCACCAGCUCAUGAAGCAAUCAGAGACCCCCAUAUUUGGGAUUCGUGACUUGGAGAUGCGCCAAAUUUAACUAACGCUCACAUUUGUCUUUUGUCUAAAUAUUUUUGUGUGCAGGAAGUCCGAGAUGCGGUGUUUAGUCUAAAAGGAGACAAAUCUCCUGGACCCGAUGGGGUACCCCCUCUUUUCUUUCAGAAGCAGUGGGAAACUAUAUCAUUUGAGGUCGAGAAUGCAGUUCUUAGUUUCUUGAAUGGGGGGGUAUAUGCUACGGGAAAUGAAUGAGACCUUCAUCACCCUCAUCCCCAAAACUCUAAGACCAUAAUCAGUUUUGGAGUUCCACCCAAUAAGUCUUUGCAACACUUCCUACGAAGUUAUUUCUAAAUGCCUUGUGCGAAGGCUCAAAAGUUUCAUGAAGGACAUAAAUGGUGACUUCCAGAAUGCUUUCAUCCCGGGACGUCUCCUAUCUGAUAAUUGCUUGCUAGCACACGAGAUGAUGAAUGCACUACACAAGUCGAAGAAACAGAGAAAAAUGGAAGCAGUAUUCAAAGGUUAUCUAAGCCUAUGAUAGAGUGAGUAGGAUCUUCUUGGAAAAGUUGUUGCGUGCUAUGGCUUUCCCGGAGACUUGGAUCAACUGGAUCAUGUAAUGUGUCUCCUCAGUUACAUACACCAUCCUAGUCAAUGGGGAACCUUCUCAAAAAAUUAUUCCAAAAGUUAGCGUAAGGCAAGGUGAUCCCUUAUCACCCUACCUUUUCAUUUUAUGCAUUGAGCUACUGUCAAGAAGGUUGUGCAGAUUUCAGGCAGAGGGGAGAAUCGAAGGCUUAAAGGUCUCUAGGCGUUCCUCGAUGAUAAGUCACUUAUUUUUUGCGGAUGAUGCACUUUUUUUCCCCACUGCAACCAUCAAGAAUUUUGGGGAAAUGAAGGAAAUAAUGGCUGAAUUUUGUGCUAUUUUGGGUGAGAUGAUCAACUUAUAGACAUAAUUCUCCAAAAAUAUGCAUCAUAGGUUCAAACGUGUAUUACGAAGCAUCAUUGGAGUUCAUGAUCAACCUAAACUGGGCACCUAUUUGGGCUGUCCUAUAGAGGUUGACGGUCGGUCGAAGGAAGCUUUCAGUCCAUUGGUGGAAAAAAUCAGUCAGAAACUUUCAUCCUGGAAAUUUGUUAAAUUGGCACAAGCAGGGAAACUUAUACUUCUCAAUAGUAUAAUUGUAGUCAUGGCCUCUCACAUUACGGCAUUGUGUCUCAUCCCGAAGAGUGUUUUGAAGAAAAUUAAUUCCCUUAUGCUCAAGUUUUGGUGGUCGUCCUCCAUGGACAAAAGGCCCAUUUAUUAGAGGAAACAAAGCCUACUGCAGUGUCAUAAGACAGAGGGUGGGUUAGGCCUACGCAAUCUCACUUCUCUCAACCAUGCCCUUAUUUUUCAGACAGGCUUGGCGCCUAAAAACAUACACCAAAUUGCUGUCUGCUCGAGUGUUCAAAGCCAAAUAUGGGGACGAUCGGUUCGACAAGGCAGUUAGUAAUGACAUUCCUACCAAAGUGUCUUGGGCGGCUAGGGGUAUUAUGAAAUCGGUGGCAACCAUGAACGCGGGCCUAAGGCGGUCGAUUGGCGAUGGCAAGACCACAAAAAUUACAGGGGAUCUCUGGGUGGGUGAUGCCUGCAUCAACUUCAAAAACAACAUCACAGAAGCAACUAUCAAACCAACAUGGGUGGCAGAGCUUAUUACUCCGGCAAGGGAGUGGGAUCAAAGGAGAGUUUGGGGUUUGUUUGAUUCGACCACAGCAAGACAUAUUCUAGCAACACAUAUUCAAGAAGAUGAAUUCCUAGAUGAAUGGGAUUGGGGUCUUUCGGGAAUGGGAACCUACUCUACUAACUCUGGCUAUUGGUGCGCUCAAGGUACUACAACCCUCCCUUCUCCUCUUUCUUCUUUCUGGUCUAGUUGGUGGAAGAGGAAAAUAUUUCCUAAGUGGAAACUAUUUGUUUGGAAAAUUAUUAAUAAUGCUCUGCCAAUGCAUGAUUGUUUGGUUAAAAGGGGAAUCAUAACCCUCAACGUCUGGUCAUUUUGUGGAUCGAGUGGGGAAUCCACAACACAUUUAUUUUUGGAGUGUGAGGUGGUCAAAAGAGUCUUGAGCUCUGGUAGUUUGGGCAUAAGAACAGAGGGAAACCAGGGGAUUGGUAUUGCGGUCUGGCUCAAGAACAUGCUUUCCUACAUUAUGCGUGAAGACAAACAGGAGGAAGAGCGAGUAGUGGAAUUGAUAGCCACGUUAUGGAGUGUUUGGCUCCAUAGGAAUGAGUGUUGCUUUCGUGCUACGCAAUGUAUUCCUACCUCUAUUACGAAGCUAGCUAGAAUAUGGAAGCAAAGAUGGGUUAAGGCGUUUUCCAUGCAUGGAGGGCUGCCAUCCUUGUUAGGCGAGCAGAUCACUCCCUGUGUGGAACAAGCGUGGAUUGUGGGAGAGUGCAGCGAUGAGGACCCGGUGGUUAUCAUCACCGAUGGGGCAUGGAAGAAAAUAAAGGGAAGGGAAGCUCGGGAUUGGGAUGCGGCAAUAGGCUGGGUUAUCUUAUACAAGGGAGACACUCUCGUGCAAGGUGCUUCAAAAGUCUUCGCAUCAUCCCCAGCGCAAGCAGAAGCUUUGGCGAUUCUUACGGCAUUUAAAAACAUUCUUAGCUUGGCUAGGAACAUUAUAGUGUGGACGGACUCCAUCCAAAUCGUUCACGCUCUUCAUGAUGAAGCUUCCUCACCGAUGGAGUGCAAACCGGUUAUUAGGGAUAUCAAGAAACAGACUUUAUCCUUUGUUUACUGCAAAAUUGUUAAAGUUAAGAAACUUUUUGUUCUAAGGGCUCACAACCUAGCUGUUACUGUUAGGAAAGUGCCUUAGUUUGCUUUGUUCUUGUUUUGAGCUAUCAAAAAAAAACUAUUUUUAGUGCACAACAAUAAAUGUCGCAUCGUCCGUGUCUCUUCCCA